AUGAAUCGUCAGCUUCAAGUAUCAAAUGAGAAAGAACAUAAAUCAUCAUCACAAGAAGAAGAAGAAAAGAAAGAUGAAUCUUUUCAAGAAAAUGCUCAAGAAAUCCUCCAAAGUGAUUAUCAAAACCAACAUUUGCAACAACUGCCUAAUUAUUUCACUUCCUCUAGUGCAACCUUAGUCCAAAAGCACCAAAGCAACACACAAUGUCCAAGUCACGAAGAAGUCAAGAAAGUAUUACUAAAAAGGAAGCCAAAGAGGGCUAAGCAAGAUGUUAUGGAAGUCCAUGGAAGCCGCAUUGUCCGAGCCACAGGGAGAAAGGACCGGCACAGCAAAGUUUCAACAGCCAGCGGUCCGAAGGACAGGCGUGUUAGGCUCUCGCCUAACACGGCAAUUCAGUUCUACAACGUGCAAGAUCGUCUUGGCUAUGACCGUCCUAGUAAGGCCAUCGAUUGGCUGAUUCAAGAAUCUCAAAGAGCUAUCAACGAGCUUGAAAAAACUCCCUUUCAAGUGCUUUCUAGAAAGAUUGACUCGUCAAAUAAAGCACUAAAUUGGAGAAAUGUGAAAAGCAAAGAUGGCCAAUUUGCUCUUGAACAGAGUUGGUCUGCUGAUAAGAAAACGGAGUUAGAACAGUUGGCCCGCCAUUCUUCGAAACUUAAUUCUGCAAUGCAGUACUCAGCUGAUCAAUUUCCAAAGGGAAGCUAUAAAGAACAAAGUUCAAAAGUUUGUCCAGCAGAUGUCAAGAUUCAAUCUUUGAAUGACAACCAAAUUGGGAAUUUGAACUUGUUUUCAUCAGAAGAGGAUUCCAAGAUUCAAUCUUUUUGUGAAUUGCAGACUCACUCAAAAGGCCAUUUCCACUCAGAAACCAAAGAACUAUCAGCAAAUGAUGCAAAGCUUCGAUCUUUUUGUGAAUUUCAGAAUCACCAACAAGGCCAUUUCCACUCAGAAACCGAAAAACAAUCACCAAAUGAUGCCAAGAUUCAAUAUUUUUGUGAAUUGCAGACUUACCAACAAGGCCAUUUUUACUCAGAAACCGAAAAACAAUCACCAAGUGAUGCCAAAUUUCAACAUUUUCGUGAAUUGCAGACUUACCAACAAGGUCAUUUUCACUCAGAAACCAAAAAACAGUCACCUAGCGAUGCCAAGAUUCAAUCUUUUUAUGAAAUGCAGACUUACCAACAAGGCCAUUUCCACUCAGAAACCAAAGAACAAUCAGCAAAUGAUGCGAAGAUUCGAUCUUUUUGUGAAUUUCGGACUCACCAACAAGACCAUUUUCACUCAGAAACCAAAAGCGAAUCAACAAAUGAUGCCAAGGUUCAAUCUUUUGGUGAAUUGCGGACUUACCAACAAGGCCAUUUUCACUCAGAAACCGAAAAACAAUCACCAGGUGAUGCCAAGAUGCAAUCUUUUCGUGGAUUGCAGACUUACCAACAAGGCCAUUUCCACUCAGAAACCAAAGAACAAUCAGUAAAUGAUGCCAAGAUUCAAUCUUUUCGUGAAUUGCAGACUUACCAACAAGGUCAUUUUCACUCAGAAACUGAAAAACAAUCACCAAAUGAUGCCAAGAUUCAAUCUUUUUCUGAAUUGCAGACUUACCAACAAGGCCAUUUCCACUCAGAAACCGAAAAACAAUCACCAAGUGAUGCCAAGAUUCAAUCUUUUUGCGAAUUAAAGACUUACCAACAAGGCCAUUUGCACUCAGAAACCAAAAACCAACCACCUAUUGAUCCCAAGAUUCAAUCUUUUUGUGAAAUGCAGACUUACCCACAAGGCCAUUUUCACUCAGAAACCAAAAACCAAUCAGCCAUAUUAAGCAACUUUUUCAAUUUUCAAUCAUCUCGUCAAAAUAAGUCCAUCAGUUUUUCUGGUGAUCAUCAUCAAGGCUUUCUACCACAAAAUUUCCCCACAGUUUUAGGCCAAAACCAAAUGUUCAAUUAUCAGAGGGAACCCCUUCAGUCCAGUUCUUACAUCAAUAAUAUUGGAUUUGCAAAUGAUGACUUAUUGGGACUUUGUACUGCUCCAAUAAUACAACAAGAAGAAGAGCAACAACAGGGUACACUUCCAACUCUUUCACCAAUUAAUGCAUCUACUCUGCUACAUUAUCAAGAUUAGCUUUUUCACCAAGUCCAUUUCUUGCAUAAUGACUUUUUUUUUGAGAAUAUUUGUGAGUCAGGUAUAAUUCCUAUUAUAGAAUGGAGAAUGUUUGAAGGAGAGUCUUGAAGUAGCUGUUAAAUUUAGCUCCGUGUGACCUAUAACCUAUAGGUUACGAGUUCGACAUGGGAAGCUACUACGAAUGCCUUGUAUCAACGUAGAGUGUCUACAUGUCACU